AUGUCAGGGGGAUUGACAACAGCAAGCUGGAGCUACACAUCAAUCAACAUGCAGAAAUUCUCCUUCAAGUGGACCAUUAGCAACUUCCGUUUUUGCUUGGAGCGAAAGCAGGGGACACACAUUAGAAGUCCCACUUUCUCAUCAGGAUCCAAUGACACACAUAAAUGGUGUUUGAAAGUACACCCAAAUGGGGUCGAUGAAGAAAGCAAAGAUUAUUUGUCAGUUUACUUAGGGUUGCUCAGCCACCCAAAGAGCCCAGUAUGGGCAAGCUUCCAGUUCUGGAUCAUCAGUGCGGAAGGAGAGAAAUCCCAAGUCAUGAAGAGCCCAGCAUGCUUCAGGUUUCUGCAAAACCAACACUGGGGAUUCAAAAAGUUCAUCCAUCGAGAUUUCCUUCUGUCCUGGGAGCCUUGGCUCCUUGAACAGAAUGAGCUGAGCCUCCAAUGCCAGGUGACUGUGGUCCAAGACUCCUUCCACAUCUCUGAGGAGAGCCCAACGCCAAAGAUCCAGGUUCCAAGGUGCACGAUGGCAGAUGAGCUAGGAGAGCUGUGGGAGAAUUCCCUCUUCGCAGACUGCUGCCUGGUGGUAGCUGGCCAGGAGUUCCGGGCUCACAAGGCCAUCUUAGCUGCUCACUCUCCAGUUUUCAGAGCUCUGUUUCAACAUGACAUGGAGGAAAGCAGAACAAACCGCGUUGAGAUCCAUGAUCUGGAGCCACAUGUCUUCAAGGCAAUGAUGGGCUUCAUUUACACCGGAAAGGCACCAGACCUCCACAACAUGGCAGAUACUGUGUUGCCAGCUGCUGACAAAUAUGGCCUGGAGCGUUUGAAGGUCAUGUGCGAGGAUGCCCUCUGCAGGGACCUCUCUGUGGAGAAUGCUGCCCACACUCUCAUCCUGGCUGACUUGCACAGUGCAGGGCAGCUGAGAACGCAGGCACUGGAUUUCAUUACAGCUCAUGCUUCAGAGGUCUCUGAGACCUCAGGCUGGAAGACAAUGGUGGGCUCAUACCCCCAUUUGAUGGCUCAAGCAUACAGCUCCCUGGCUUCUGCUCACUGCUCUUCAUUGGAGGCCCCUCACAAUCGCCUGAAUCAAUCUUAG